GAAUAGAAAUAGUAAAUAGAAUAGAGUUCUAGUACCCAAAUUUACAAUUUAGAAAUGAGCGCGCCUCCUUAUCUGGCUCUGAAGAAACCCAAAGUUGAGACCAACGAUGCGAAUGAAGUACGACAACAACAACAGCAACAGCAACAGCAAAAACUAGUUUCAUCAUCAUCAACAACAACAACAACAACAACAAAAUCAAACAACAUGGACGACGACGACAAGAACGACAACAACAAUAGCGACAACUGUGUUAGCAGAGAAGAGCAAGAAGAGGCAUUGGUGGCUCUGAUCGAACAUCGUACCAAAGAAGUCCUAACUAAUAAACAGCGUAUCGCUUAUUACAAAUCCCAGCUUGAGGAAUCAGAGAAGAGGUUGCAUGAUUCAAAAUCUAAAUUGGCUCGGCUUCGAACCCAGAGUAAUGGUUUGUCAUCUAAAGGGACUGCCGAGAAUGGAACGAAAAAUUUGAAGGUGGAGCGCAGAUCAACUAGUCCUAUUCAUAUAAGUGAAGAUUCAUCUAGACACCAGCCUCAAUCUAAACCAGAACUUCUGAUUCCUUCUGUGAAUCCAAAAGUUUCCCAACAUAUAAACUCUGCAAAGUUUGGUGCAAAACCUUCAAAUGGUUCUAGUACUCAAUCUGGUCCAUCAGUUUCCACUCAAUCUUAUAGUGCUAUGAGAGUUAAAGGGGACAAACCUUCUAGAGUUUCUACUGAGCCCGAAGAAGAAGUUAAAAUUCAAGAUAAAGGAACAAAAAGAAAGUUUGAACAGAAAGAACACAAAGAUUUGAUUACAUCAAUAAGUAGCCGUUCUUCACCAUGCAUAGUCCGCUGCCAUGCAAGCACUCACAUCUCCAGUCAACACAAGCGAAAGUUGAGAAGUCUUGCUUUGUGUCCAGUGAAUGAUCAACUUUUCGUGACUAGUGCUUUGGAUGGAUUGGUCAAUUUAUGGCAAGUUCAGUCUAGGGGGUCCAUUGCCUCUCUACUUAGCUCGACUGAGUGUUUGUCCCCUAAGCAGAGGAGAUGGCCUGAAGAUAUAGCCUGGCACCCACAUGGAAACAGCCUAUUUUCUGUAUACAGUGCUGAUGGUGGAGAUUCUCAGAUAUCAGUUCUUAAUCUCAAUAAGACACAAGGGAGAGCUCGUGUAAAUUUCUUAGAGGAAAAGCCUCAUUUUAAGGGUAUUAUUAACGGCAUCACAUUCAUGCCUUGGGAAGAUGUCUGUUUUGUCACUGGAGGCAGUGACCAUGCUGUUAUACUUUGGAGUGAGAAAGAUGGGGAGGACUCAUGGAAACCAAAGGCAUUGCACAGGAAUUUGCAUUCGUCUGCUGUUAUGGGAGUUGCUGGAAUGCAGAAAAAGCCAAUUGUAUUGUCUGCUGGGGCAGACAAGCGAAUUAUUGGGUUUGAUACACUGGUUGGAAGAGCAGAUUACAGGCAUCAAAUUGAAUGUAAAUGCAUGAGUGUACUACCAAAUCCAUGUGAUUUCAAUUUAUUCAUGGUUCAAACAGCAGCUCCUGAGAGGCAGCUCCGAUUGUUUGAUAUCAGAUUGAGACAGACAGAAAUCCAUGCUUUUGGGUGGAGGCAAGAAAGCAGUGAAUCUCAGUCGGCGCUGAUAAAUCAGGCCUGGUCUCCUGAUGGUUUCUACAUAACAUCUGGUUCAGCAGACCCCAUGAUUCACGUCUUUGAUAUCAGGUAUAAUUCUAGAAAGCCUUCCCAAUCAAUAAAAGCCCAUCAGAAACGUGUCUUCAAAGCUGUAUGGCUCCACUCUGUGCCACUUCUCGUUUCCAUAUCUUCUGAUCUCAACAUUGGAUUGCACAAGAUGACUUAAAUCUUCCAUCAUGUUGUUGUAUAGAAGAAACCCAUCAUUUUGCUUGUGCACUGAAUUUUUGUAACGAUCUUCUUAAGUGGAAGAACUUUUUAGUGGUCCGUUUUGGCACAGCUUAGCAAAACAUUGCUUUAGGGAUGGUUUGGGGAAAUGGAAUGGUUCUAAAGUGGAAUGAGUUUGGCUGUGAGCGUGAUAUUUUGAUGUUCUGGUAACCACAUUAGAUACUAUGUCACACCUGCCUCUGAGUCAAGCAUUACUGUAUGACUCAUGAUCGUUACUAUUUUUUGGAGAUACUGAAGUGCAACUUUCUUUUUGUGUUCCA